CAUGUGCUGCUGCCUGGUCACUUCUCCUCCCUGCCUGGGGGUGAAUCACUAGCUGACAGGACUGUGUGACUGCGAACAGCAGAGAGGUCAUUACAUGGCACCAGUGCCCUCCUGACAAUGCAGUGAGAGGAAGGAAGAGCGGGCUCCCUGCCAGCACAGGGAAGAGGCAGCUGCUCUGCGGAACUCCUCUCACACUUGUGUCCGGAGCCGUCCGGGCACUACCUCUGCCUCAGCACCCCUGGCGAACCCCGAACUGCUCCCUGUGGAGAGAAGACAUGACACAGGACAGAAGCGAAGGGCACUGUCAGCCUGAGGAGUCAUACCCCUUCCUGAACGUGAAACCGAUUUCAUAGACUUCUUGCCCCCGCUGAGGAGCCUCCAGACACUUAGCCCGGCACUGCAAGCGUUAACCUGGGGGCUGUCACCGCUGGCUUCCCUCGAGCAGUGUGCGGCGCGACGGCCUCUGUGUGCUGCUGUGCAGGGCAGGAUGCCAGUGCUGGACCGAUGCUAUAACGCGGAGGUGCUGCUGCCGACCUACAUGGGUAGUCUGCCGACCUACCGCUCCGGGAGUCUGAGCUGCGAGCUGCCGGAAAUCAUAGAGAUGGUGAAACUGCUGUGGAAGUCCAAGACCGGCGUCCACAGUGUGAAGCAGAGGGGUCUCCUGGCCAAUGAGGAUGCCCUGGGGGCACUGCCAGGAGAGGCUCGAGUGAGAGGUCCAGCAGGGGUUCUCUCUGAACGCCGUGGCUCAUACCCUUUUAUUGAUUACCGUCUCCUGAACAAUACAGCACACUCAGGAGAAAUUGGCACAAAGAAAAAAGUAAAGAGACUCUUGAGCUUUCAGAGAUAUUUUCAUGCAUCAAGGCUUCUGCGUGGAAUUGUGCCACAAGCUUCACUGCACUUAUUGGAUGAAGACUAUCUUGGCCAGGCACGGCAUAUGUUAUCUAAAGUGGGGAUGUGGAAUUUCGACAUUUUCCUCUUUGACCGCCUGACAAAUGGUAACAGUCUUGUAACACUCCUGUGUCAUCUCUUCAACGUACAUGGGCUUAUCCAUCACUUUCAGCUCGACAUGGUGAAAUUGCACAGGUUUCUAGUCAUGGUUCAGGAAGACUACCAUAGUCAAAACCCAUAUCACAAUGCUGCCCAUGCUGCAGAUGUCACACAAGCUAUGCACUGCUAUCUAAAAGAGCCAAAGCUUGCCAGCUACCUAACUCCUCUGGACAUAAUGCUCGGGCUGCUGGCAGCAGCUGCACACGAUGUGGAUCAUCCAGGAGUAAACCAGCCAUUUUUGAUAAAAACUAAACACCAUCUUGCCAGCCUGUACCAGAACACAUCCGUUUUAGAGAACCAUCACUGGAGGUCCACUGUCGGCAUGCUGAGAGAAUCAAGCCUAUUUGCACAUUUGUCAAAGGAAAUCACGCUUGAUAUUGAACAGCAGUUGGGUUCUCUAAUAUUAUCGACAGACAUCAAUCGUCAGAAUGAGUUUCUAGGCCGAUUUAAAGAUCACCUUGACAACAAAGAUCUCAUCUUGACAGAUUCAGACCACCGGCAUUUUAUGUUGCAGAUUGCCCUGAAGUGUGCUGACAUCUGCAAUCCAUGCCGUGUGUGGGAGCUGAGCAAGCAGUGGAGUGAGAGAGUCUGUGAAGAAUUCUACAGACAAGGAGACCUUGAACGGAAGUUUGGCCUAGAAAUAAGCCCACUUUGCAAUCAACAAAAAGACUCAAUACCCAGUAUACAAGUUGGCUUCAUGACCUACAUUGCAGAGCCACUGUUUGUGGAGUGGGCAAGAUUCACUGGAGACACUCCUCUAUCUGUAAAUAUGAUAAAUCACCUCAGGAAGAACAAGUCCAAGUGGAGGGCCCUUUUACAUAAGCAGCGCAGCAAGAGCAAUGAUCGAUUGGGGCCAGUCACUGAAGGAAAAGAUGACCAAAAGAUCGGUGAAGGUGGAGGUCCCUAGAGACCAGAUCUUUUUAUGUCAUUGCUGCCUUUUCCUUAGCUGCUUUCAAUGAAGAGGGAUUCAUAUCAACCUCAGGUGGGCUGUUGUUGCUUUUCACAACAGGUCUAAGAGAGGUCAGAAGGAAGCAGCGUAUAGUAAUCCGGGUAACAGUGGUUGCCUACUGCCCUGUCUGGUAUCAUGUUCUAUCAGCCUAUUCAGCAUUUCUCACUUACUUCAGAGUGGGCAAGACCAGCACCCUAAUUUCUAAUGAUCAAACUGAUUAGACAUGAGGACACCGGGAUAGGUGGAUUCUCCUGAAUGAACCUUCCAACUGGAGGAUGCCAUAUGAUGCAGACUAAUGUAGCAGCAUAUAGCGCUUUUUGCAAGCUAUCCCCAACCUCUUGAGUGACAUCCAGCCAUGUUAACUAAAGCAAAUACGAAAUCAUGAACAAAACCACAGCCUAAAGGGGGGAAAAAACACCAGCAUCAACUGGACUCAGAAGAGAUCUAUCUGACAAGACAACUUUAUAUUCUUAUGUAAAGUAUCACAAGCGAGAUAUUGUCUUUAUUUUUACUUUUUAUAUUAUGUAGAUCAGAAGAAAAGAUUUGAAUGAAGCACUAGCCACACUACCCUACAAAUGUACAGACACUUUUGAAUGUUUUCACACCACUUUGGAUUUAACAAGCGACUCUCGCUGAAAGGAGAGAUUGAAUAAACUGUUAGCUGGACUUGUUUGGCUUUUUACACCUCAUUUUCAUCACAAAGAGUUUAUAAAUGUCAUUACAGCAGAUGUAUUUUUGCAUCUGCUCUAUUUUCUGUAUCUGCUCUAUUUUCUGUAUAUACGGAGCUACUGAUCCCCAUGCCAAAAUACCGAUGAGUUGUGAAACUGCUACCUGUACAGAUAUUGGCACUGUGAACAGAAAACUGUUACAUUGAAGAAAAAAUAUAUAUUAUAUCAUGUGUAAAUAUGGUAUGUAGAGGAUUAUUUCUAAUAGAGCACUCAUUUACAGAUAAAGGCCUUAAAUUUGAACUUGUAACGUUUCAGUCGUUGUAUUAUCCACCUAAUUCACUAAUGCCUUUGGUCAAACGUUAACAGUCUCUGUACGGAUAGUCACUUUGAAAUCGAACACUAGGACUUAUUUGCCAAUAUCGCAUUUUUAAUGGAGGAUUAACACUUGAUCAGAGCAGUCAAUCAGAAUAUAUACUGUAUGUUUGUACAGCAAGCUAAAAUCCUCAACACAGAAACAGACUACGGUAUAUUCUAAAUGUGGACAGGCCCCAAUUAUACAUUUACCUGCUGUUGUCCUUGUAAUAAGGUGUUGUACCGUUCCCAAGCCACAUAGACCUUGAAAAUCCUCAAUGUAAUGCAGCUACUGUACAGCAGGAGCAAAGAUUACAUUUUAUUAAUACCGACCUUCAAUGUUGUAAUUACUACAAAAGACAAACACAGUUGCCCAGAUUUUUUAAUAAAGCAGGACAACUGUUUUCAGGAUCCUCUUAUUCUGAUUUUAAAUCUCCAUCACAUUGAUAAAUCUGCUACCUCUGUGACAUCUGCACCAGCUUCUCCAGCUCCAAUACUCUGCACCACCAUGGAGCUUCUGUAAGGCACUAGGGAGCCUCAAAUCUAAAUAUUCGCCGCCCAUAGAAAGAGAGUGUGGGGGUGAGGUACAGUACAUGCGUGUAUGGAAACUCUUGACGGAUUACCAAACUCUUGACGGGUCAUCCGUGUCCAGUGGAGUUAGGAGUGGAAACUAACAUGACAAUACGUUAUAUUUAUAGUUUUUUAAAUGUUAUUAUGAUAUUAGGAUGAUACAUUGAUAGAAAAAGAGAGCCUAAUAAUGUGCAUUUUAUUUUUAAGUAGUCUGUAAAAAAAAUUACUCCCUACAUAUGAAUGCAUGCACAUAUACAGUAUCUUAUGAAGGCAAGUCAUAGGAGGAGAUUCGUUAAAGGGAACCAGUCACCAGGAUUUUGUGUAUAGAGCUAAGGACAUGGGUUGCUAGAUGGCCGCUAGCACAUCUGCAAUAUCCAGUCCCCAUAGC